CUCCUAAUUUAUUGAGCGGGCACUGAGAAAGAUUUUGAUAGAAUAGAGUAUUUUUAAUGUUACCAGUAAAGGGAAACGAAAAUUGACCUUAUCACUCAUUGCAAAAGAAAAAUACUUCUUAGAUUAUAUCAAAUACUGUCUGUCUCUUGGCAAGGCUAGUAGAAAAAAAACGCAAAACUUCAAAAAUGUUUUUAUCUUCCCUCAUUGAAGAAAUUCUACUACAAAUCAAAUUUUUGGCAUCAAAAGCAAUUCUAAAUUAUGUAGGGUGUCAAUUAGCUAAAAUAGUAAUAAUAAAUCUCAAAAAUAUUAACGUUAUAAAUUGAGGUAAAAUUGGUAUCGUGUGUCACUUUGUUGACGCAUAAUAAAGUAAAAUAAAAAGAAAAUAAUCUGUUUACUUUCAGAAAUAAAUCUUCAAACAAAAUGGAUUUCAAGACAACAACAACUAACGACUUUCAAUGGCCGUUUUCAAAACCCGUAAUAGGAAAACCAUGCGAGCCGCCAAGUCCAGAUACGGCACCGAUCGUGCGUCCUGCCCCCGUAGCUCCGUACUGCCACUGCGAUGCACACUCCUACUCGCCCAGAGUGGAGCAGUACAAACAACUGCUUGAAAAGGAGCAGAAGCUAUGCCAGGACUAUGAGCAGUUGAGGAAACAGAUGGUUGAUGUGACAAACGAUAUUCUAGAUCAUCCUUGUGAUGAUCUCGACGGAAAAAUGAUGACGAUGUAUCAAGCUACCUUCAAGAAAAGAUCAUUUCCAAUGACGGACUACAGGACGAUCAUAGCAGCCUCUCAGUCCAAUGCUCCUAUUCCAAUGGAGACCAACAGUCUUGGCAUGCUGCGAUGUUACAAGGACCCCACCAACUUCACCGACAAGCCGCCUACUGUUCGACCCACGAUCAACCCUCCAGGGCCGAUUCACACGGGCGUAGCUCCACAAGCCAUACAGACCUGGUUCGCAGAGUACCCCGGCAGGACAGAGUAUAUGGAUACCUACAGUGCCUCUGCUAAAGCUUGCUGGAGGUCCAUGCAGAGAUACAAGGAACCCAUGCCUUCGACAAGAAGACGGGCAGACGAUACCUGCAUCUGAUAGGCGCGCUCGUGGAAUGAGAAAUAUUUGUUUGGUAUUCGUAAGUUUAUAUGUACAGAUCAAGAUUAAAAUAAGGGAAGAUA